CAACAUAUAAAUGCACAAGGCAGUACAAUAAUAUCAAACCAACAAGAGAAGGGCUUAAAAAGAGAAAAGUAUCAAAAAUUUGAUAUAGCCAAAGCCAAAAAAAAAGAAAGAAAUAAAUGGCCAAGGAAGGUCUAGGAAUUGAGAGCACAGAGCUACGGCUGGGUCUUCCGGGAGAUAAUUACAGCGAAAUAUCAGUUUGCGGAUCGAAGAAGAAGAAGAGGGUGCUCUCGGAUAUGAUGACCUCAUCAUCGUUAGAUACUGAGGAUGAAAGCAGCCUUCUGUCAUCAGUUGAGGAUAACUCCUCGCCGGUGGUGAAGAGUCAGGCGGUGGGAUGGCCACCGGUGUGUUCUUAUAGGAGAAAGAAGAACAAUGAGGAAGCAUGUAAAGUGAUAGGGUACGUGAAAGUGAGCAUGGAUGGUGUACCAUACUUGAGGAAGAUUGACCUUGGUUCGAGCAACAGUUAUAAUAAUCUAGCCACGGUUCUUGAGAAUCUCUUCGGCUGUCUUGGCCUAGGGGUGGCGGAGGGUGAGAAGUGCGAACACAUUAUUAUAUACGAAGACAAGGAUAGAGACUGGAUGCUCGUUGGAGAUGUACCUUGGCAGAUGUUCAAAGAGUCAUGCAAGAGGCUCAAGAUCGUGAAGAGAUCAGAUGCAACGUAACUGGUUUUGAUCUGCAGCGAGAUUAAUCGUACUAGUGAUGAUGAUCAUCUUUAAGUAACCACAUUCUUCAUUGUAGUAAUUUUUCAACUUGUAAAAUUUUACAUGAUAGUGGAUAUUAAAAUAUAUACGCCCUCUUCAAAAUUGUAAGAUUUUAUCACUAAUUACAGAUAUAUUAUUUCCCA